GCUCCGCCGCUCCGCCGCCUCCUGCUGCUGCUGCUGGUUCACGGUGCCACUGCCAGGCUGGAGGAAAAGCUCGUCCAUGUUGAGAAGUAUGAGAUGGUGAUGCCACGGAAGAUGCCAGUGCCUCGGGGAAAGAGGGAACUCUCUGCACUACUGAGCACCUACCCGGACCAUGUCCUCUACAGCAUCCGUGCGGAAGGCAGGGACUACCUCCUGUGGCUGGAGAAGAACAAGGAGCUGCUGGGGCAGCAGUACACUGAAACGCACUACUUAGCUGACGGCACAGAGGUCACAGAGAAGCCAGACAUUCAGGAUCACUGCCUUUAUCAGGGCCAUGUGCAAGGAUACACCGACUCAGCAGUGAGCAUCAGCACCUGCAGUGGGCUCAGUGGAUUUUUCCGGGUGAAUGAGACCACCUUCCUGCUGGACCCCCUGGAGGAGGAUGCGGCCGGCCAGCAUGCAGUGUACAGAGCAGCUCACCUGCGGGGGAAGCGCGGCGUGUGCCUGGAGUCCAGUGCCACCCUGGAAUAUGACCACGAACCAAAAAUUCCUGCAGCUAUGAAGCUCUACCGCUGGAGAUCAGCUCCAUUACACAAAGGUCCCCGAUAUGUGGAGCUGGUCUUGGUUGUGGACAAUGAGGAGUUCAGGAAACACAAGGAUUUGCGUACAGUGCAGAACCGCAUGAAGGAAAUUGUGAACCAUGUUGACAAGCUUUAUCAGCCUCUUCACUUGCGGGUGGUGUUGAUUGGCUUGGAGGUGUGGAGCCACAAGGACAAAAUUGUGGUCAGUCCCAACCCAGAGGUGACACUGGACAACUUCCUCCACUGGCGAGAGGCAGAGCUGCUGCGGAAGAAGCCGCAUGACAACGCCCAGCUGAUCACGGGCAUAGACUUCCAUGGCACGACUGUAGGGCUUGCCAAGAAGCUUGUGAUGUGCACCAGGGACUCAGGCGGUGUCAAUCAGGACCACAGCAUGAAUCCUAUUGGCGCUGCAUCCACCAUGGCUCACGAGAUGGGGCACAACCUGGGGAUGUCUCAUGAUGAAGAUGUUGCUGGCUGCCUCUGUCCUGUCCCCAAAGCUGAUGGAGGAUGUGUCAUGGCAGCGAGUGUUGGCUUGGCUUAUCCCAAGCGUUUCAGCCGCUGCAGCGAGCAGGACAUGUGGCAGUUCCUCAGGGAUCCCAGGACCAGCUGCCUGCUGAACGUCCCCAGGGUGGAUGAGCUGUAUGGGGGCCCAGUGUGUGGGAACCAGUUUGUGGAACGGGGAGAGCAGUGCGACUGUGGCACACUGGAGGAGUGCUCCGACCGCUGCUGCAAUGCCACCACUUGUCAGCUGAAAGAGGGAGCUGAGUGUGCCCAGGGGGACUGCUGCCAGGACUGCAAGGUGAAGGCUGCUGGUGUGAUCUGCCGGGCCAGUAAGAAUGACUGUGACCUGCCUGAACACUGCACUGGCUUCAGCGCCGAGUGCCCGGAGGAUGUCUUCCAGGAGAAUGGCUUCCCCUGCCAGAACAGCAAUGGCUACUGCUACAACGGGGCCUGCCCCUCGCACAGCGAGCAGUGCCGCAUGCUCUGGGGUGCAGGGGCCCAGGUGGCUCCUGAUGUCUGCUUUAAGCACAACAGUGAGCAACACCUUCAUCUCCACUGCCUCACCGACUAUGGGAAGCGGCCCUGUAGCCCCAAGGAUGUGAAGUGUGGCACACUGCUGUGCCUGAGUGACACCAUCAGCCCAGUCCUCGGUGGUGGCUCCUAUUCCCUCUUCCUUGGCCGCUUCAAGUGCAAGGCGGUCAUUGCCAGCAAUGAUGCCAAUGAAGUGAUGGCCAAGCUCAGGCUGGUGCCCACUGGUACCAAGUGUGGAGAUGAGAUGGUCUGCUAUGCCGGGCGCUGCCAGAACCUCCUGGUCUAUGGCAACAAGAACUGCUCAGCCAAGUGCAACAACCACGGGGUGUGCAACCACAAGCAGGAGUGUCACUGUGAGCCGGGCUGGGCAGCACCGUACUGUGAGCAGAAGAUUUCAGGGAUGGCGGCAGGGAGCAGCAGUGUGGUCUUGGCGGUGGUGCUGGGCGUGCUGGUGCUCUCCAGCAUCCUUCUUGGCAGUAGCUUCAUGCUCCUCAGAGGCAGGGUGACCAGGCACUUCCAGAAAGGGAGUACCUCUGGUGGGCCCACCUCUGGCCUUGCUGACCCACUCUUCCAGGAGGGUGGCCAGAUGGCCUGUCCCCGCCGCCAGCUGUCCCACCAUGAUAUCAGCCACCCGAACCUGCUCAGCAGCACGGUGGCCCUGGGGAAUGCCCGGCCCCUCGCACCCUGCGGCCCAGCACUGCAGGUCAGGGAGACGAAGGGAGCCCCGGCACGGAGCAGCCAUGGCCAGCAGGGCAGGAGGGCAGCCUUUCAGCCCUGCUUUUUGCUGACCCUGCAGGCCCCAGAACUGGUCCCCAAGGUAACAUCUCCAGGACGGCCCUCACAGGUGAAGUUGAAGCCACCCACCAAGCCUCUCCCGGCACUGAAGAACAAGGCACCGUGCAAUGGUGAGGGGCUGCCGAGACCAGCCCUCCCUCACCCUCUACGGACAACCCCCUCCAUCCUUCAGCAGGACAUCCCCCUGAAGGUGGCCCUGAAGCUACCACCCCCAGCCAGGAGGUGACCAAGGAUGCCUCAUCCACUGCCAUGGCUGAGGAUACGCUGGCUCUGGUGGCACAGCCAGGGCACCAUGGUCUGGCUUCCACCCUCACUUGAAUUGCUCACCGGACCCUCUCCCAGGAGGACACCCACGUUUACAGAUUUGAGUUGUGCCUUAACAGACUUGUGUAGCCUCACGGCUGGCCCAAGGAGAGUCACUAGCUGGGGCUUUGUAAGGAGACCAGGAUUGGGGACAAUACCAGCUCCAGUUUUGAGGCCAGCCUCAAGUUGGUCCAGGCUCUCCUGCACCCUAUGAACUGCUGCCUUCUCUCCUGACAUCCUGAAUGUGUGCUGCUCCUCAUGCCUUCCCUGCUGGGGCCAUGGCAAGAAGCUCCCAGCAUUGCCUGCCAGAGCUGGAGGAGCACAGGGACCAACAGGGACCCACAGGGACCAUGCCCCAGGGCCAUCACCCCACCUGGGGGUCUCACCAAGGAUUUUGACAGGUCCAAACUGGGCUUGGGCUCCCCACAGGGCUUUAGCUUUUAUCACUUGUGUGACUGUUGUCCUGGAAUUUCCUGGAAGCCUUUUUACUGCAGCCGUUAACUUAUGACCCUUCUGUGACCAUUUUGAGCCAUCUGUCAUGAAACCAGCCCCUCCCCCCCAUUUUUGAUAUUAUUUAGGUUGAAGGCUUUUAUACCAAUAAAGA